GAUUGCAGAGAAAAACGUACACAAGCAGGCGAUAAUGAAGCUCUACGUCGGAAUUUUGCUGCUGGCACUUACUAGAAGUACGCUAACUGCUCCACUAAACCAGCCUGACUUUGAUAAUGCUGAGCUUAUUGCUGGGUACUUCCAGGGCGAUAUUGUCUUGUCACCUUCGCAGCGCAAUGGAUACCGCAAUGAGAUGUUACGCUGGCCCAACAACACUGUCUACUACAAAAUCAAUGAUGGAUAUUUCGACGAGGCGCAUCGCAAUCAUAUUUUACGUGGUAUUAAAAUCAUAGAAGAGCUCUCGUGCAUUCGCUUUCAGGAAGCAACCGCAGAUCAAAAAUAUUAUGUGAAUAUCACCGGAGAAAAUGGCGGCUGUUAUUCGAGCAUUGGCUGGUUGAAUGGCGUUCAGUUUUACAAUCUUCAGCUUUUUCCUCUGGAUACAGGCUGCUUCCGACUCGGUACAAUUGUGCAUGAGUUCCUACACACGCUCGGAUUCUUUCACAUGCAGAGUGCCGCGAAUCGCGAUGAAUACGUACGCAUCGAAUUUGACAAUAUUGAGAAGGGUAUGGAGUUUAAUUUCGAUAAAUAUGACGAGGAUUACAUCGAUGAUUAUGAUGAGGAAUACGAUUACGGUAGUAUAUUACACUAUCAUGCCUAUUCAUUCUCAGUGAAUGGCGAAAGGACAAUUAUACCGUUAAAGGAGGAAGGUGAGAUUAUUGGUCAACGACGCGGCAUGAGUAAAAGUGAUAUCAAUAAAUUGAAUACGAUGUAUCGUUGUCCAGUAACAGUUUGAUUGUACUAAUCUUAAAAUGUGCCCUGAAUUUAAAUCAGCGAAAUAUUUGUUAAUAAAUGUUAAAUGAUAAGUUUUUCUUCUUCAGCGACUCUAACUGUACAAGAUCACCUUGGUUACAGCUGAUCUAUAUAUCGGUCUCUCAUCGAUGAACACCAUCAACAGUUCGAUUUAUAUAUAAAGGAAUAAUUAAUAUAAUAUUAUAUGCAACUAUUUCGAACAAUAUUUUGCACUUAAAGCGGUUAAGUAGAACUAGAGAAAUUACAAAAAAAAAAAACAAGUAAGGAACCGAACAUUUUAUACUUUUGCAACUUGCAAGAAUCAAAGCCGGUAAUUUCCUUCAGUUGCUGGCAAAACUUUAUAUUAAAAAAAGGUUGCGAAAGAAUUAAAUAUCCAUUGUUCGAUGAAAUCUAAACUAAGACUAAAUAACAAUCAAAUUUGGUAUCUUCUUGACUUAUAUUGAAGGUUGAAGGUCUUAGACUCAGUUUUACUAAAAUUAAAUUAAAAACACCUUCAACUGCGACACAUAUAUGUAGUGAUAAUAACUCGAACGAAGAUGCUAAAUUAAAUAUAAUGAUU